CUCCUCUUCCCUGGGCUCCCCAGUGGUCCAGGACCCAGAGAGCCAUCCUUGGCAGUUUUGGUUCCCAACCCAAGGAGUCUGCUAUCAGUAAGAAAGUGCAGGACUAGUCUAGAUUCCUCAGAUUCUAUAAAUCCUUAGGCAGAGCUCUUCACUCCUCUAUCUGACCUUGGCUUCUGAGCACCAGAGUGGAGGAGAAAUGACUAGAAGAUGAGGGCCGUGUUGCUUCCUGCCAAUGGGGAAGAUAAAAUGAGCAACAUGGUUAAUCUCCAGGCAUCCACCCAAGUGGCUCUUCCUAUCACUGGCCCCUCACUCUAUCAGGAACAAUACUCUUUUAUACUUUAUGAUACAUUCAACUUUACCAAGCUUUCCCAGAUGCAUUGCAUUACUUAAGACUCUUGAUGAAUGAGCAGUCUGGCACCUGGGUCUAAUAACUUUCUCAAGAUCAUACUCAAAAGAUUUAUCAAAGCUCAGCCCUAAAUUCAGUUGGAAGGAGGUAAGAGGGACCUCCUUAGACCCAACUGUUUCUCUUUUUGUUUUUGUUUUGAGACAGGGUCUCACUAUGUAAUACCAAAGCUUCCAUCCUUUAAUCCUCCUGUCUCAGCCUAAGCAAUGGGCUUACAGCCAUGUGUCUCUAUGCUGACUUUCCUUUCUCUGACACAGGAAGUUUUGCUCAAACCCCCUGCCCUACUGUCCUAGCCACAAAGCCUUGGCACUGGUCUUGCUGUUUGUGUCUGGUUUCUGGUUUGUGUCUGGUGUCUCAUUCUUCAGGUAGGAAGAGCAGCUUUGAGCCAUUCCCAGUGGAGGUAUGGAUUAGGGACAGUUGAAGGGCCUUCAGUGGGGCUGGUUCCCUCUCUUGGUGAGGAAAUCUAAAAGUCCUCCUAAAUUUGAAGACUAUUGGAGGCACAGGACACCAGCAUCCUUCCAGAGGAAGCUGCUAGGCAGCCCUUCCCUGUCUGAGGAAAGCCAUCGAAUUUCCAUCCCCUCCUCAGCCAUCUCCCACAGAGGCCAACGCACCAAAAGGGCCCAGCCUUCAGCUGCAGAAGGAAGAGAACAUCUCCCUGAAGCAGGGUCACAAAAGUGUGGAGGACCUGAAUUCUCCUUUGAUUUGCUGCCCGAGGUGCAGGCUGUUCGGGUGACUAUUCCUGCAGGCCCCAAGGCCAGUGUGCGCCUUUGUUAUCAGUGGGCACUGGAAUGUGAAGACUUGAGUAGCCCUUUUGAUACCCAGAAAAUUGUGUCUGGAGGCCACACUGUAGACCUGCCUUAUGAAUUCCUUCUGCCCUGCAUGUGCAUAGAGGCCUCCUACCUGCAAGAGGACACUGUGAGGCGCAAAAAGUGUCCCUUCCAGAGCUGGCCUGAAGCUUAUGGCUCAGACUUCUGGCAGUCAAUACGCUUCACUGACUACAGCCAGCACAAUCAGAUGGUCAUGGCUCUGACACUCCGCUGCCCACUGAAACUGGAGGCCUCCCUCUGCUGGAGGCAGGACCCACUCACACCCUGCGAAACCCUUCCCAACGCCACAGCACAGGAGUCAGAAGGAUGGUAUAUCCUGGAGAAUGUGGACUUGCACCCCCAGCUCUGCUUUAAGUUCUCAUUUGAAAACAGCAGCCACGUUGAAUGUCCCCACCAGAGUGGCUCUCUCCCAUCCUGGACUGUGAGCAUGGAUACCCAGGCCCAGCAGCUGACGCUUCACUUUUCUUCGAGGACAUAUGCCACCUUCAGUGCUGCCUGGAGUGACCCAGGUUUGGGGCCGGAUACCCCCAUGCCUCCUGUGUACAGCAUCAGCCAGACCCAGGGCUCAGUCCCAGUGACGCUAGACCUCAUCAUCCCCUUCCUGAGGCAGGAGAAUUGCAUCCUGGUGUGGAGGUCAGAUGUCCAUUUUGCCUGGAAGCACGUCUUGUGUCCUGAUGUCUCCCAUAGACACCUCGGGCUCUUGAUCCUGGCACUGCUGGCUCUCACCGCUCUAGUGGGUGUAGUUCUGGUCCUCCUCGGCCGGCGCCUACUGCCAGGCUCCGGUCGAACAAGGCCAGUUUUACUCCUACAUGCAGCGGACUCAGAGGCACAGCGACGCCUGGUGGGAGCUUUGGCCGAACUGCUGCGGACGGCGCUGGGAGGUGGACGCGACGUGAUCGUGGAUCUCUGGGAAGGGACGCACGUAGCACGCAUUGGACCACUGCCGUGGCUUUGGGCAGCGCGGGAGCGCGUGGCGCGGGAGCAGGGCACAGUGCUGCUCCUGUGGAACUGUGCGGGUCCCAGCACCGCCUGCAGCGGUGACCCGCAGGCUGCGUCCCUUCGCACCUUGUUGUGCGCUGCUCCACGUCCGCUGCUGCUCGCCUACUUCAGUCGCCUCUGCGCCAAAGGUGACAUCCCCCGGCCGCUGCGCGCUCUGCCACGCUACCGCCUGCUUCGUGACCUGCCGCGCCUGCUGAGAGCACUGGAUGCUCAGCCUGCCACCCUAGCCUCCAGCUGGAGUCACCUUGGGGCUAAGCGGUGCUUGAAAAACCGUCUGGAGCAGUGUCACCUGCUGGAACUUGAGGCUGCCAAAGAUGACUACCAAGGCUCAACCAAUAGUCCCUGUGGUUUCAGCUGUCUGUAGCCUCAGCCUGUGUAGCAACAGCAGGAACUCCAGAAUGAGGCCUCACACAUGUACUCUUUGGGGGUGCUUCUUGUCCCCCAAACCGUAAGACUCACCUUAAGUCCCACACUUGACCAACCUCCCUCACAUUUGCUCCCUCUUAGAGUUCCUGAGAGGAACUUGGGCUUUCCUGAUAGGUCCUCAGCCCUUUCUGAGAAGGAGGGACGAUUUUUCCAUUUCUUUUCAAA